UCCAACAAGCUGCUCCCAGAUGUGACUCUCUGUUCUGGCUGGGCACUCCAAGCCAUGGCUGACACCAUCUUUGGUAGUGGGAACGACCAGUGGGUUUGCCCCAACGAUCGGCAGCUUGCCCUGCGAGCCAAGCUGCAGACAGGCUGGUCUGUGCACACCUACCAGACAGAGAAGCAGAGGAAGAGCCAAUGCCUCAGCCCAGCCGAGGUGGAGGCCAUCCUGCAGGUCAUCCAGAGGGCAGAGCGGCUGGAUGUCAUGGAGCAGCAGAGAAUUGGACGCCUGGUGGAGCGGCUGGAGACCAUGAGGCAGAAUGUGAUGGGGAAUGGCCUUUCCCAGUGUCUGCUCUGUGGGGAGGUACUGGGCUUCCUGGGCAGCUCAUCAGUGUUCUGCAAAGACUGCAGGAAGAAAGUCUGCACCAAAUGUGGAAUUGAGGCCUCCCCUGGCCAGAAGCGGCCUCUGUGGCUAUGUAAGAUCUGCAGUGAGCAGAGAGAGGUCUGGAAGAGGUCAGGGGCCUGGUUCUACAAAGGGCUCCCCAAGUACAUCCUGCCACUGAAGACCCCCGGCCGGGCUGAUGACUCCCACUUCCGACCUUUGCCCAUGGAGCCCACCGAGCCAAAGCCCAGAAGCAUUGAGACUAGUCGCAUCUACACAUGGGCCCGAGGGAGAGUGGUUUCCAGUGACAGCGACAGUGACUCGGAUCUCAGCUCCUCUAGCCUGGAGGACCGACUUCCUCUGUCGGUGGUCAAGGAGCCCAAAAGUGACAAACCCUACAGUGAACCAGGUGGCAGUGUGGAGUCCCCCAGGAUGGGGCCUGCCCGCCGGCCCAGCCACCUCUCAGGAAGCCAGAGCAGCCUGGCAAGUGAGACUGGAAUGGGCUCUGCAGACCCACAGCUGGGCCCCCAUCCUGGCCAGACCCAAAGGGCCCCAGCAAGAAGCACACCUGGACAAUCCCCCGCUGCUGACACGGCCUCCGAAGCUCUGUCCGCCAGCCCUGGCACGGGCCCGCUUGGUGCAGGGAGCAGAUGUCCCAGUGGAAGAGUUCGAGGGAGAAAGCAAGCUGGGUGGGUCUGGGGAGCGGUGUUGGAGCCCUCAGUGGACCAGCCCUGUUAGACGUGACCUCAGACCCAGCAAACCAGUGUUUGGGGGUGCUGAGUCUCCUUUCCCCCCACUCAGUGCCUUUCUGCACCCUUCUGUCCUGGGAGGCACCCCCCACUGCCACAACCCUCAGCCAUGACCUUUAUUUAUUCUCUACCGCUCGCCUCCGCGCCCUCCCCCAGGCUACCUCCACGUUCAUUUUAGGUUUGUCCUUGUCCUGGGUUGGGCCAGAAGGGCCUACAGCCCCAACUCAGGGGGCCCUCCCAUAUGCACUGCGGUUUCGGAGGACACUGGACUGGGCUUUCUCCAUAUUUGUAUUAAUGGAAGAGGAAUCCAUCCCUGAACAUUGCCCUUCCAGGCUGAACUUGGCCCCAAGAGAUGAGCAGCAGAUCCUAGAGAGUGAAGGUCGCCUGCCCUUUGCUCGAGACUGGCUCAGGAGCAGUAUCCAGACCUGGCUCUCACUUGGGUUCCUUGUGGAACCCCUCUGACAGCCUCCCCAGGCUCUGCUCAGCCUCUCCCCAGCUUGUGGAGUGGGGAAGGGUUCUAGUGGAUACUAUGAGUUCACUCAUUGAAGAACAGCCUUCUGUUGCAUCCCCAGGUGGGGUACAAGGCCCCCCGAAGCCUUUAAUUCACUUCUCUUCAGUAGGUUUGAUUUGGCAUGAAAAAUAAUUAAUUCAGCAUGUGAGCAAAUGCUUCUGGAAAAUGAAGACAGAGAUUGAAAGAGAUUGAGAAUGUGUGUGUGUGUGUGUGUGCGCGCGCGCACGCGCGUGCAUGUGUUUUGUGUCCAUAUCUUUUCUUCCUGCCCCUCAUCCACCACCCCUCAUACCUGGUCCUUGAAAGUCCUCUCUGGGCUCUCAGGCCCCCACCAUUAGUUUUUUGGCUCUUGCCGCUGGCAGAUGGUAAAAAGACUGUUUUCCCUGUGACAAGUUACGCUUCAGAAUUCUAACAAUAAAGAUUAGAAUUUGCAUUGA